UCCCGGAAGUGGAGCUCGGGGGGCGUCUCCGACUCGAAGCGGCGGCUGGCAGGGGGGCGCGGCGGGAGCGGGGGGCGCCCCAUGCGGACGAGCGGGGCUGGACAUGGCUUCGGGCAGCGGUGACGGCGAGGCCGCGGCGCCCGAGGAGGACCGGCCGCACCAGCGGCCCUUCCUGAUCGGGGUGAGCGGCGGCACCGCCAGCGGCAAGUCCACGGUGUGCGAGAAGAUCAUGGAGCUGCUGGGCCAGAACGAGGUGGACCACCGGCAGCGCAAGCUGGUCAUCCUGAGCCAGGACCGCUUCUAUAAGGUGCUCACGGCCGAGCAGAAGGCCAAGGCUCUCAAGGGCCAGUACAACUUCGACCACCCAGAUGCUUUUGAUAACGACCUGAUGCUCAAGACGCUGAAGAGCAUCGUGGAGGGCAAAACCGUCGAAGUCCCCACAUAUGAUUUUGUGACCCACUCGAGGUUGCCGGAGACCACCGUGGUGUACCCCGCCGACGUGGUGCUGUUUGAGGGCAUCCUGGUGUUCUACAGCCACGAGAUCCGGGACAUGUUCCGGCUGCGCCUCUUCGUGGACACUGACUCGGACGUCCGGCUGUCGAGGAGAGUGCUCCGGGACGUGCAGCGUGGCCGGGACCUGGAGCAGAUCCUCACCCAAUACACCACCUUCGUCAAGCCGGCUUUUGAGGAGUUCUGCCUGCCGACCAAGAAGUACGCAGACGUGAUCAUCCCUCGAGGGGUGGACAACAUGGUGGCCAUCAACCUCAUCGUGCAGCACAUCCAGGACAUCCUCAGUGGGGACCUCUGCAAGUGGCACCGGGGUGGGGCCAACGGGCGGAACUGCAAGCGGACAUUUCCCGAGCCAGGAGAGCACUCCGGCGUGCUGGCCCCUGGCAAACGGUCACACCUGGAGUCGAGCAGCCGGCCGCACUGAGCCGUGGGCCCGGCCCGGCGUAAAGACAGCGG